UUAUCCGUUCGCACCACUGGCGGCGCUCGUCCUGGGAAGCCAGACGCAUCCCACCCGCGACAGCGAUCGAACCUGAAACGAUACACCGCGCUGCGAUCCGUCGCCGCGACAUCCGAGCAGUCCGGGAGGACGUCGCCGACACCGCGUGACGACGGCACCCCAGACCGCUGCUGGACAGGACGCACGUACUUCCGGACCUUUGGAACCCCGCGAGUCAUGUCUCCGUGCUUCGAAAGUGCGGGACGCUGAUCGUGCAGCUUCGACUGGCAGCCUGCUCGCUGCACCAAAAAUCACGUCCGUGGAACUUUUUUUUCUUCUUGUUUGCUUCGUUCUUGGGGCGGACCACACCGUGUGACCACCUGAACGAUGGCUUCCAGUCUGCGUUACCCUCAGUUCCGUAAACGGGGCUCGGAUCCCCGGGCUGCCACGUGCCGAGGCAAGCUGCAGUACCGGCGCUCCAAGAUCAACCAUGAAAUUACCAAACAGAUGAUGAUGCGCAACGGAGCAGAAAAGCUCUUUAAAGCUACGACAAACAAGAAGCUUCGUGAGACAGUUGCUCUGGAGCUGAGCUUUCUCAACUCAAACCUCCAGUUGCUGAAGGAGCAGCUGGCUGAACUCAACAGCUCUGUGCAGAUCUACCAGAGUGAGAACCAGUCUCAAGUGGUACCAAUGAUCCCUCUUGGCCUCAAGGAGACCAAAGACAUUGACUUCAAAGAGCCUUUCAAGGACUUCAUUAUGGAGCACUACAGUGAAGAUAGUUCUGUGUAUGAUAGCGCCAUUCAGGAAUUCAUGGAUGUUCGGCAGGCUGCCCGCACCCCAACACGGGACCAAGCCGGUGUUCAACUCUUGUUUGAGUACUACAAUCUGCUUUAUUUUGUGGACAGGCGUUUCUUCCCACCCAAUCGUAGCAUGGGCAUCUUCUUUGAGUGGUUUGACUCACUAACUGGAGUUCCAAGCACACAAAAGACAGUUGCCUUUGAAAAAGCCAGUGUGUUGUUUAACAUUGCAGCUCUCUACACGCAGAUAGGUGCAAAGCAAGACCGCGGGAAAAGCACAGGAAUUGAUUCUGCAGUAGACAGCUUUCUGCGAGCAGCUGGUAUGUUUUGUUACAUACGGGAGAACUUUAGCAAGCCACCUAGCAUGGACCUAAGUGCUGAAACAUUAGAAGUGCUGACUCAUGUAAUGCUGGCUCAGGCACGAGAAUGUCUCUUUGAAAAGCUGAUCUUGGGUAAUGUAGAAAAGCAAGGAGUCAUGACUUGCAUUGAAGUGGGCCAAGAAGCAGCAGAGGUUGCCGAGGUUUAUGCCCAAGUGCACAAGCUGAUCUCGAUGCCUCCUGUCAAGGACUAUGUACCUUACUCGUGGAUUAGCCUUAUCCUGGUAAAGGCUGAACAUUACCGUGCAUUAGCACACUAUUAUGUUGCCGUAGGGCUUCUUGAACACUCAGGGGACUUGGAUGAGACCUUGAGGCGAUCCCUUGAGUUCCUGCAUGUUCAAGAGCAGAGCAAUUCAACAUGCAUUGACAUCAGAGUGCCCCAAACUUUGGAUGAGAGACGACAGCUAGGUAAGGCCCACUUACGUGAGGCUCUCCUACUGCAUGAAGAGGCAUUGCGUCUUCACCGCAUGUGUCGCCAACUGCGUCAAGUCGACAACUUGCUAGGGCGCCUCCGGGCUGACCAUGAUGCUGCCUUGCAACGGUAUGCUGACCUCGAGGAGGAAGAUGACUUCCAGGAGGUGUUAGACCCACCACAAAUUCAAGCUUCCACAAAGUAUCAGUUGACUCUGACAUCUCCUGAUUUCACUCAGUACAAAGUAAAGGACCUCUUUCAUGGGCUGGGUCCAAUCAGUAUCUUCUCUGCCAGGCACCAUUGGUCAGCAUCCCGUGCUGUGCACCUUACCAAGAAGGGGAAGGAAAGCUUUGGUUUUAGUGUUCGAGGAGAUUCCCCGGUUAUUGUUGCUGGUGUCGAGGCCUGCAGCCUUGCAGAGCUGGCUGGUGUGAAAGAAGGGGAUUUCAUUGUUGCAAUUGGUGACCUCGAUACCAAGUGGUCAACACAUGAAGAGGUGGUACAGUUAAUAAGAAAAGCUGGCGAUGAACUGACUCUGCGUGUCAUCACACCCAUGGAUCGUAGCUAUCUACGACAGAGCCCAGCAUCGUCGACCACCUCAUCGUCUGGUGUGAGCUCAAGUGGUUCAAGCAGAGUACAGAGUCCCAAUGGUUCUAUUGCCAGCAACAAAAGCAAGGACAGUCACAAACGGCUGACUUGGAACUUCUUCCGACGUGGAACGUCUAAGGAGAGGCGGGAAGCUGGUUAUGAUGCCAACAUUUUGCUGCGCUGAGAGCAUCACUGCACUACACACAACUGGCAUUGAUGUCAUACCCAGUGGCCGCUACCAAGGAACCAAGUGUGCAUGAAAAAGCAUCCAUGUUAAAAGGACAAAGUUAACGGAGUUGUUAUACUCUAGUGCUGUAACUACGUUGCGCCCAUUUUAGGGUUGCUUUUGAUGAGCUGUGCUCAGCCUUGAACUUUCAAGAUAUGGGGACUGACUUGUGCUAUGGCAAGAAAUUUGAAAAUCUUUGUUAGUGUUGCCAACUGUGUCCAAGAUCUGCUGCAUUUGCUAUUAUUACUGCUGUCUGUUGCAAAUUUUCGCACUGACAAGAAGUGACUUUCAGUUCUGCAACUUUUUUUGCUGUUAGCACUCAUUUCAGCUUUUACUGUUUCACAGGAAAUUGUGGUAUUGUACAGAUAUAUGAAGGAAGCAGCUACGAUAGUCAUUGGAGGCAAUUUGUAAAUUGUUUUGCUUGUUUUGUAUUCAUGUAAUGAUUAAGAGGUGUGUGAAAUAUAAAGGACUUGCAUGCUUGUGCUAAGAGUACCAUCCUUCUGAACAGAAGUAUCAUAGCACUUGUGCCAUUUUUGGUUAUUUGACUGCUGCAGCCAUGCCAAAUGUGGAAAUCACAUGACUAAUAAUUCACGCAUAUCCUCCAACUGUGUUUAACAGUAGUUGAAAUUUAGUGGUCUGUAGACAUUGGGCCCUGGCUUGCCGAGAGUCAAAUCUAUCAAAAUGGGUAUAAACUGGGCAUCUCUUUGUGCAGUAUUAGUGCAUUAGUUUCACUCAAAUUUUGUUUCACAAUGUUAGUUCUAACUGUGGUCUACUUGUACACCUGGAGCAUCAUGAAAUUACAUUUUCAAUCAUAGUCAUUGCACUAAGCUUCAUUUACUCAUCCUAUAUAAUUGUGAAAAAAGCAUUUGACAUACUGAUACAAUUUGUUGUGCAUAUUAUUAACCACUGUUGUGUUUGAUACAGAUAAUUUCUGCCGUGUUGUGACAAAACAACAGAACUGGAUGUAUUUCUGCACAUGCUUUGCAUUAUGCAGCAGUACAUUCGAAAAGGCUGUAUACCUUGCUUGCAGGGUUCUGCCAAGAGGGCUUCAGUAGCUCGCCAUUGAUGGUGCUGUACCUCACCUUCAUAGUAGGGUUUUCACCCAUUCUUAAGACAAACUGGAAGAAACUGUGGACUCAUAGUAAAUUGCACAUAUUUGUUAUUUGCAGCAUUUAAAUUUUCACGCACACUUAUUAUGGCUGUUCAAAGCAUAUAGCAUGAUUAAUUUGAAACUGGUGUAUGUGAUUACUUUUGUUGAUCAAAGAUAAUGAUGUUCAGCAUGGAAGGAUUGGAUGAGUUUUUACUACACACUGAUGAACUCGUGAGGAAGCAGCCAACGUGCUGCAGGAAGUCAUACAGUUUGUGUGGUGCUUAGAAGGGCAUCACCAACAGUGUCAAGAUAUAUAAUGUACAUACUGUACAUAUGGACAACCUAAGGCAUACUCUAUUUUUACACCAAUGCUAGCUUUGUGACAUUAGAUGCUUGUUUUAUUGCCUUUUAAAACACUUCGACAUUGCUUUUAUAACAUAUAUUUGGCUUCAGCUGAUGCUGUGUACUAAUUACAAAUUAUAGACAAACAAAUUUCAAGGCUUCUGUAAUUAUUGUUACUUUCUUAAAAUAUGAUUGCAUUUCAUGGAGUUGUGAGUCGUUCUCUUACAAUAUAUGAAAAUCAAUUCAACAUAGCAGUGAAAUAAAGCACUUAUAUUUGAA